AUGCGACCUGCCCUGCGUCUCCCCUUCCGGGAGGCAUUAUAUGUCUGCUCAAACUGCAGACAGGAAGUCGCACCACGAGCUGUUUCCCCCAUCACCCGCCAAUUCCGCCGCUACGCAUCCUCCGAUUCCCCGUCCUUCCUCGAGCGCACCCGCCGCAAGCUCUGGAACACAGAGAAGCCGCCUGGCCCUGCAGACCCAUAUACUGGCGAGUCGCAACUUGCGCGUGGUGUUGAGCCCGAGCAUGGACUGGCCAAGCCAGAGACGGACAAAUCAGAGGUUCUGCCAACGGAGGAUUACGAGCAAGCAAAGAACUGGGAUGGGCUGGAGGCCAUUGGUUACCUGCAGAAGGACAAAUGGACUCAGGAGGGCACACGCAAGGCUGAUAAAUAUGCUCCGUACGGCUCCGAUGUGAGGUCCCGAUCCAUCCCUUACGCUCUUCACCAAACCACCGUGGAACUGUGUUUGCUGAGCAUGCUGGGCAAGCCCUUGACCAGCAGCUGCGAUGUUCCCCGGCACAACCCCCAAAUCCUGCAGAUGCUCGACUCUUGCUAUGUCGAUGGAUCAAACCCUCAGCAGUGGAACAGUGCUCUCCGAUUCUCGAGCCAACAGAGCAUGGAAGCGCUCCUUUUCGUGUUCAACCAGAUUGGUGGAGAGUCCACAGUCAAGGUUGAGCCGUCGGAAAGCCUGGUCACCGACAAGCCUAGCAAGGAGGAUACACACCACGCGCUGUCGCUCGCCGACCCAGAAGUCAAGUUUGCCUUCAUCAAGCGACUGUCCCAGCUUCUCGGUCGCCGCAUCUCGGACAAGGCUAUCACCUCAUCCUGGACCGUUGGCGAAAUCAUCUCCGGAAUGUCGAUUCAACUGAAGGAGAAGCCUAUUCAGGUUACCAAGGUUUUCGGGAAGAAGGCUGCGGCCGGACAGCUCCCGGCCAACAUCAAAUUCAGUCCGAAGCGUCUGACGAAGAGCCAGGUCGACGAGGACCAUGGCCGGAAGAAGGCUAUUGUCUCCGAGUUCUACCGCAGAGGGCUGAACAUUCGUGGUGCAAGCAAUCCUGGAUUCCGUUUUGAGAAAUGA